AUACGCAUAACUACUACCUUACACCCGAAGAGAAUAAUACUCAGCCUCCAAGGAGAAGAGCAGAGCACAAGGCCACAACUUUCUUGCUCUGCAAAUGGCCUCGGCUGCUCUCCUCAAGUCUUCCUUCCUUCCCAAAAAGUCUGAAUGGCUCAACGCCCGCCCCUCAUCGAGCGCUCAGCCCAUGGCGGUCUCCUUCACCGUCCGUGCUGGCGCAUACACCGACGAGCUUGUCAAGACUGCAAAAACGAUCGCAUCACCAGGCAGAGGAAUAUUGGCCAUGGAUGAAUCCAAUGCCACCUGUGGUAAAAGGCUUGCAUCAAUUGGGAUGGAGAACACUGAGGCCAAUCGACAGGCUUAUCGUACCCUCCUUGUCACAGCCCCUGGUCUGGGUCAAUACAUCUCUGGCGCCAUCCUGUUCGAGGAAACACUGUAUCAAUCAACCACAGAUGGGAAGAAGAUGGUUGAUGUUCUUGUGAAACAAAACAUAAUGCCAGGGAUCAAGGUUGAUAAGGGUCUUGUACCACUAGUUGGCUCAAAUGAUGAAUCAUGGUGCCAAGGAUUGGACGGCCUUGCAUCACGAUGUGCAGCUUACUACCAACAAGGAGCCCGCUUUGCCAAAUGGCGUACAGUGGUCAGUAUCCCAAAUGGACCAUCAGCUCUUGCAGUGAAGGAAGCUGCUUGGGGUUUGGCUCGAUAUGCAGCCAUUGCUCAAGAUAAUGGAUUGGUUCCAAUAGUUGAGCCGGAAAUACUGCUGGAUGGAGAACAUGGAAUUGAAAGGACCUUUGAGGUUGCGCAGAAAGUAUGGGCCGAGGUCUUCUUCUACAUGGCGGAGAACAAUGUCAUGUAUGAGGGCAUCCUUCUCAAGCCAAGCAUGAUAACACCCGGAGCUGAAUGCAAGGAGAAAGCCUCUCCAGAACAAGUGGCUGAGUACACCCUGAAGCUUCUCCACAGAAGAAUUCCACCUUCUGUCCCUGGCAUCAUGUUCCUCUCUGGAGGCCAAUCUGAAGUGGAGGCAACGCUGAACCUGAAUGCCAUGAACCAGAGCCCCAACCCAUGGCAUGUCUCCUUUUCUUACGCUAGAGCUCUUCAGAACACUUGCCUGAAAACAUGGGGAGGAAGACCUGAGAAUGUGAAGGCUGCCCAAGACACUCUCCUCGUCCGAGCCAAGGCCAACUCUCUUGCUCAGCUUGGAAAAUACACAGGUGAGGGUGAGUCUGCAGAGGCUAAAGAGGGAAUGUAUGUCAAGAAUUACAGCUAUUAAGAUAGUAAGACCUUUCAGUCAGUGUAAUAGAAUUUGAGAAUACUGCUAUAUUUACAGCAAGAGGUGGUGAAUGUAAUCCAUUAUUCUGGAUUAUUAAGUCUGUAUAAUAGUAGAGUGGUAUUAGGCCAAACCCACAUUGAUGGGAUAAGUCCUGUUGGCUGUGGUUAUUUGCUAUUGCAGAUCUUUCUUGAGA